AAUUGGAUGUGAAAUAAGCGCUAGAUCUAUUCAACCAGAAUUUUGGCGCUUAUGAUCAGUCCUGAUCUGAAACUUAGAGUGAAUCUUCCGAAUAGAUCCAGCGAUAAACAUGGAAAUGACAAGAACAAAAUCUAACGAAAUGUAUAAGUUGUUACCCACUGGAGAGGAUUCAUCAUCGUCCACAGAUGAACUGUUGACCUGUGAUAAAGAACCACAAGAAAUUUCCGAACUGUGGAAGAAAAUUGGCAGUGCACUGUUUUAUGGGAUUGCUUCGUUUUUUCUAACCGUUGUUAAUAAAACGGUGCUCACAUCAUGGCAUUUUCCAUCGUUUCUCGUGAUUAGUAUCGGUCAGUUAGCGGCCGCCAUUAUCGUACUGUAUGUUGGUAAACAAAUGGAUGUGAUUACAUUCCCGGAUUUCAAAAGUGAUAUUCCCCGAAAAAUGAUGCCGCUGCCGAUACUUCAUUUCGGUAAUAUGGUAACCGGAUUGGGUGGCACAAAGGCGAUGCCGUUGCCUAUGUUUACGGCAUUUCGACGAGUCUCCAUUUUACUGACGAUGCUGCUGGAAAUUAAAAUUUUGGGUGUCCAGCCAUCGCUAGCGAUACGAAUAAGUGUCUGUUGCAUGGUUGGCGGUGCGCUUUUGGCAGCUGUUGACGAUCUAACAUUCACUAUCGAGGGUUAUUCAUACGUGAUGUUCGCCAAUUUCAUGACGGCCGCUUAUGGAGUUUAUAUCAAGCAAAAACUGAACACAGCUGACAGCAUCAACAAAUAUGGAGUAAUGUUCUAUAAUUCAUUGAUUAUGAUCGUUCCAGCCAUUGUAACCGCUUGGUUCAACGGUGAUUUGAACACAGCUUUUAAAUAUAAACACUGGACAAAUCUUUGGUUCUUUGCACAAUUUUUCGCGAGCUGUUUCAUGGGAUUCAUCCUUACCUAUUCCACAUUUCUUUGCACACAAUACAAUUCGGCACUGACGACAGCCAUGGUGGGAUGCUUUAAAAAUGUGUUCGUCUCUUAUCUCGGCAUGUUCAUCGGCGGCGAUUAUAUAUUCUCAUGGCUCAAUUGCAUCGGUAUUAAUAUCAGCGUUAUCGCGAGUAUUCAUUACACUUGUAUUAUAAUCGCUAAAAAAGAUGAUGUGACCGAGCUAUCGCCGAAAAGCGUGCAGCAGGUGUGA